AUGAAUGGAGCAGAUGCUGCACAUGAGAGGAUUGGAGCAGAUACAGCACAUGAGAUGAUUGGAGCCGAUGCACCACAUAAGAUGAUUGGAGCAGAUACAGCACAUGAGAUGAUUGGAGCAGAUGCAUCACAUGAGAUGAUUGGAGCAGAUGCACCACAUAAGAUGAUUGGAGCAGAUGCAGCAUAUGAGAUGAUUGGAGCAGAUGCAUCACAUGAGAUGAUUGGAGCAGAUGCAUCACAUGAGAUGAUUGGAGCAGAUGCACCACAUAAGAUGAUUGGAGCAGAUGCAGCACAUGAGAUGAUUGGAGCAGAUGCAUCACAUGAGAUGAUUGGAGCAGAUGCAUCACAUGAGAUGAUUGGAGCAGAUGCACCACAUAAGAUGAUUGGAGCAGAUGCAGCACAUGAGAUGAUUGGAACAGAUGCAUCACAUGAGAUGAUUGGAGCAGAUGCAUCACAUGAGAUGAUUGGAGCAGAUGCACCACAUAAGAUGAUUGGAGCAGAUGCAGCACAUGAGAUGAUUGGAGCAGAUGCAUCACAUGAGAUGAUUGGAGCAGAUGCACCACAUAAGAUGAUUGGAGCAGAUGCAGCACAUAAGAUGAUUGGAGCAGAUGCACCACAUAAGAUGAUUGGAGUAGAUGCACCACAUAAGAUGAUUGGAGCAGAUGCAUCACAUGAGAGGAUUGGAGCAGAUGCACCACAUGAGAUAAUUGAAGCAGAUGCACCACAUAAGAUGAUUGAAGCAGAUGCACCACAAGCAAAGUUGCCUUUCACUUUAAGACAUUUACAUUGUAUGGACCACAGUCAACGUGAUCUGUGA